GGCGGAGAGGGGCUGGCGACCCGGCCCGCGGAGCCGGCGCCAGCGGGCUGCUGAGGUGGCCGUCGCCGGCUCGGAGUUGCAGCUUCCCCGGGCCGAGCGACCCCCGAUGGAGGCCGAGGCCGCGGACGGCCCCGCGGGCGGGGCCGAAGCAGCGCUCAGCUGCUUCUCUUUCAACCAGGACUGCACAUCCCUAGCGAUUGGAACCAAAGCCGGUUAUAAGCUGUUUUCGUUGAGUUCUGUGGAGCAACUGGACCAGGUCCACGGCAGCAAUGAAAUCCCGGACGUGUACAUCGUGGAGCGCCUCUUCUCCAGCAGCCUGGUGGUGGUGGUCAGCCACACAAAGCCGCGGCAAAUGAACGUCUAUCACUUUAAGAAAGGCACGGAGAUCUGCAAUUACAGCUACUCCAGCAACAUCUUGUCCAUAAGGCUGAACCGACAGAGGCUGCUGGUGUGCCUGGAGGAGUCCAUUUACAUCCACAACAUCAAAGACAUGAAGCUGUUGAAGACCAUCCUGGAUGUUCCUGCAAACCCAACAGGUCUGUGUGCCCUCUCUAUCAACCAUUCCAAUUCUUACGUGGCUUAUCCUGGAAGCCUGACCACAGGCGAGAUUGUGCUUUAUGACGGACACUCCCUGAAAACAGUCUGCACGAUCGCGGCCCACGAGGGGACGCUGGCCGCCAUCGCCUUCAACGCCGCGGGCUCCAAGCUGGCGAGCGCUUCUGAGAAAGGCACGGUCAUCCGGGUGUUCUCCGUGCCCGAAGGGCAGAAGCUCUACGAGUUCCGGAGAGGAAUGAAAAGGUACGUGACCAUCAGCUCCCUGGCCUUCAGCAUGGACUCGCAGUUCCUCUGCGCCUCCAGCAAUACCGAGACGGUGCACAUCUUCAAGCUGGAGCACCUCGCCAACAGCCGACCCGAGGAGCCUUCGACCUGGAGCGGCUACAUGGGGAAGAUGUUCAUGGCAGCUUCCAACUACCUCCCCGCCCAGGUGUCAGACAUGAUGAACCAGGACAGGGCCUUCGCCACCGGGCGCCUGAACUUCUCCGGGCAGAAGAACCUCUGCACCCUCUCCACGAUCCAGAAACUGCCGAGGCUGUUGGUCGCAUCCUCCGACGGACACCUUUACAUCUACAACCUGGACCCUCAGGACGGAGGAGAGUGUGUCCUGAUCAAGACUCACAGGUUGCUUGGCUCAGGAACCACGGAAGAGAAUAAAGAAAAUGACCUCAGACCUUCAUUACCUCAGUCCUAUGCAGCCACAGUGGCCAUACCAAGCGCGUCUUCCGCCUCCACGGUGCCAGGUUACUCUGAGGACGGCGGGGCGCUCCGCGGAGAGGUUAUUCCCGAACACGAGUUUGCCACGGGACCAGUGUGUCUUGACGAUGAGAAUGAGUUCCCCCCUGUGAGCAUUAGGAACCCUUAAGAGAGCCGCUCAGUCUGUGCGCUUCGAGGGCAGCCUUGGCCUGGGCAGGAGGCGCAGGCACUCUCCCCCUCGGCUAGUGUAGAGCUAACCCCCCUCCCUCAUGCCCAGAGGCCGAGUGAGUGCCGGUCGUGCUGCGCGCUGCCCACUCUGCAGGCCAGCCCGCAGGGGGCGCUCCACACGGACACUAACGCAGGGAUCCCGGUGGCCUCGCUCGCUCGCUAUCUCCCGGCCCGAGUCCGUGGCUUGGCUCCUUAGUGCUGUCUUGGCUGCGGGGUGCACUCUGAGUUUCCUGAGGCUCCGGGGUCGCUUUCGCAGGACGCUGCGGUCUCCGGACUACAGGGGGCGAUCUAACAGGGCUGGGCCGCUGUGCUCUGCGGGCCGGUGAGCGGACCCUCCCCUCCAGCUGCAGGGCAGACCCAGGAUCAGCGGCAGCAGCUACAGUCCUUGUUCACUCACGGGCAGCACCCCCCCCCCCCUGCAGCUCCCCUGGGGUCCCAGCAUCCUGCUCCCUCGGUCCUGGCAGCAAAGGCCACGGGCUGGCCUGGCGCUGGGCUUGGCUUCUCCCAGCGUCCCGGAGCACACAGCAGGUCCUCUGCCUGGGUGCCCACGGCCGCCUUCGCUUCUGACUCUUCCAGCUUCCAUUUAAGGCAACAUAUAGACGCCUCUUGUGAGCUUCCGUCUGAGGACAGCCCAGAGAGUGGGCCUGAAGUCGGUUGGAGACAGGAGCGGUGCUUGGGCCGAGACUUGGGAGUGGGGGGUCCGCUGAGUGAGUCGGAGGCAGAGCCCCAGCCCCUGGGCACUGCUUCAGGGCCCCUUAGUCCUGGUGUGCAGUGCUGCCUCCUGACCAGCACUUGCUGUCAGCGGAGAUUCCGUGGGCAAAAGGAUGGCCUGCAGGUCUGGCUUCUGCUUGCAUAGAUCCAUAGGGCAGCCUCGUAAGCACAGUCACUA